AAUCAACACAGUGUUUACCAUAUGUACGUACGGCAACGUCACCUCGAGAGAACUGUUCACUCGGUCCUCGGGAGCAAGUUAAUCAAGCGACAUCUUAUCUGGAUGCCAGUCAUAUAUAUGGUAGUACCGUGGAACAUGCUAGUAAACUUCGCUCAUAUCAAAAUGGUUUUUUAUCAACACAGGAAAAUUCGCAAUACAAAACUUUAUUAGCACAUACAAAUGAUGGUACCUGUAGAAGUAAUCAAAGCUCACAGCGAUGUUUCUUGUCGGGUGGUAAAUUUACAAAUUUAUUUCCGUCACAAACUGCAUUGCAUACGAUUUGGUUACGUCAGCAUAAUAAUAUUGCUAAACAAUUAAAAGCAAUAAAUGCUGAUUGGGACGAUGAGAAAUUAUUUCAAGAGUCACGUCGAAUUGUUAUUGCUCAAAUUCAACAUAUUACUUACAAUGAAUUUUUACCAAUUAUUGUUGGAAAGAAUAAUUUAAGACAAUAUGGAAUUAAAUUACGACCUAAUGACUAUGAUAGUGAUUAUGAUUUGAAAAUAGAUGCAACAGCGCUAAAUGAAUAUGCAUCUGCGGUUGGAUUAUUCUAUUAUUCAUUAUUCUCUGAUCUGGUAUUUCUUUAUGAGAAUAGUGAAGGUGAUCGGAAAACCGAAAAAUCCUGGAGUGCUCUCCUCAAUGAUCCAGGAUUACUUUAUAGCGGCAAAAUGGAUACCAUUCUAAGAUUUUUACUACGUGAAACAAUCCGUAAACCUGGAUUACAUAUGAAUAAAUAUUUUAAAAAUGAAUUCCUUCGUGGUAAAGGAAAUUAUGGACUUGAUUUAGCAGCAAUAAUCAUACAAAUGGGUCGAGAUCAUGGAAUUCCGGGAUAUACUGCAUUUCGAAGUGCUUGUGGUCUUCGACGACCAACUAAUUUUACCGAUUUGGAUGAUAUGGUGUUAAAAUCGCUUAAUUUGGAUGAACUAGCUAAAUUAUACGAUCACAUCGAUGAUGUCGAUUUAUUUGUCCUUGGUAUGGCUGAGAAGCCAGAACUUGGUGCGUUAGUUGGGCCAACAUUUUCAUGUAUCAUUGGUAGACAAUUCCAAAAGAUUCGUAGAGGUGAUCGCUUUUGGUAUGAAAAUUUUUUUGCACCAUCAGCGUUUACAUUGGAACAAUUGGGAGAAAUUCGAAAAACAACAUUAGCACGGAUAAUAUGUGAUAAUUCUGAUAGCAUUGAACAAAUUCAACCAUAUGUUUUCACACUUGCUGAUAAUUAUGGGUAA